GGCUCCCUGUUUUACUUCUCCCGUAUUGCCAUGCCCUCCCUCGCCCUUGUUGCUGUCUCCCUCUCGGCCCCUCGUCGCCUUCUUCCUGGCCGCGCCGCCCUUGCUCUGGUCUGGCGGUCUCCCCCUUAGCCGGCGAAGAGCGACAGGUACGCGUUCGUCCCUUCCUUCCCUUCACUUCCCUCUUUGCGAAAUCGAGCACCCGAAACCCUAAGUAAGCUAUUUGUAUUCGGAUUCGGAUCUGACCCAAUUUCCAUGGAUAUAUAUGUGUAUUACAUACCCCACUAACUUCGAUUUCUGGCAAAACCAAUUAUCGGAUAUAAACCAUGCCCUAUAAUGGAUGCGCCCAUGACUGUGCUGCAUGUUUCAGGCCCAAUAAAUAAAUAAUCACCAUGGCUCAUCAGAAGCGUGAAGGCAGCUCCACUGAUGAUGAUGGUACAUCCAAGCGCCUCAAAGGCACCGACACUGCUUCUGAAACGGGGGGCAGUGUAAAGGCUAGUGUUUCACAGCAAAUGGAUGCUGAAGCUAGGAGAAACUGCCAGAAGGAUAGCCAAGCGCCAUCGGCCAAAUGCGUUUCGGAUGGGGAAGCCGCUGCAAACUCUCAGGUUUCGGGCGAGCGGAAGAUGGUACUGACUGCCGUCGAGGCAGAUGCGGCCGAGGACAAGGGCUGCAGGCACACUAUGGAGGACGCCUGGGUGGUGCUCCCCAAUGCUGAUGCAGAAACCCCAGGAAGUUUGAGGUGCGCGCAUUUUGCGAUUUAUGAUGGGCAUGGUGGUCGCUUGGCGGCAGAUUAUGCACAGAAGCAUUUGCAUCAGAAUGUCAUCGCUGCAGGAUUACCACGUGAGUUGAUGGAUGUUAAAGCUGCAAAGAAGGCCGUAAUUGAAGGUUUCCGUAGGACUGAUGAAUCUUUACUGCAAGAAAGUACUAAAGGAAAUUGGCAAGAUGGUGCGACAGCUGUAUGCGUUUGGAUCCUAGGACAGACGGUUGUAGUUGCGAAUGCUGGAGAUGCUAAAGCAGUAUUGGCUCGUUCUGUUUCAACCGAGGGUGAAGGUAUGGUUAAUGAGACCAAAAGUCAACUAAAGGCUAUUGUUUUGACAAGAGAACAUAAAGCCAUCUUUCCACAGGAGCGCUCCCGAAUCCAGAAGGCUGGAGGUUCUGUUGGUUCUAAUGGAAGAUUACAAGGUCGUAUUGAAGUAUCAAGGGCAUUUGGUGAUCGCCAAUUUAAGAAGGUUGGGUUGAUUGCAACUCCAGAUGUCCACUCCUUUGAACUUACAAAGAAAGAUCAUUUCAUCAUUCUAGGGUGCGAUGGCUUAUGGGGAGUAUUUGGGCCAGGCGAUGCUGUUGAAUUUGUUCAGAAUCAGCUGAAGGAGACCUCAUCAGCCACGCUCGCAGUGCGCCGCCUCGUGAAGGAAGCUAUUCGCGAGAGGCGAUGCAAGGAUAACUGCACUGCUGUUUUGGUCGUCUUCAAGCACUAGCGAUCGGCCUAAUUCCCUUAUGCUCUCGUCAGGCCUAGAAAGAAUUAGCUGAUAAAGAACAAUGUUUGAAGUGUAGCUAGUUGGACUUGGAACUCUUGCUUUGUCAGUUUCGAUUUGAUGUGACCUAUUAUUACACCAUCCAUACUCAUUUGAAAAUACUCCCUGCAUUCCAAAUUAUAACUUGUUUUAGCUUUUCUAGGUACAAAAUUUUUUACUACAUAUCUAGACAGUGUAUAUCUAGUGCACAGUAAAAAUUAUGUGCCUAGAAAAGUCAAAAGACCUAUAGUUUGAAACAGAGGGAGUAGAAAUCAAACUUUUGGAACACUCAGUUUCAAAAAGUUACUGGUACUUGUUUGUCAACUCUGUAUACCAGAAUUAACCAGGGUUUAUAUUCCAACUA